AUGGCUGCUAAAGAAUUGUGUCAACUACUGGGUGGCUUCCCCCUUGCCAUGGUACAGAUCGGUGAAUUCAUGAAUGAGCGUGGCUAUUGUUAUCAGGAGCUUCUGCCUGUUUACAAAAGGUCAGCCGCAAAGAUAUUCGCAAGAUCAGCGGUGCCAUUACAAUACGAACAUACAUUGAACACGGUUUGGGAUAUUUCGUUCAAAUCUCUGUCCACUGAGGGAAAGAUACUGCUGAAUUUGCUUGCCUUCUUCGAUCCCGACGCAGUACCAGAAUGCCUGCUCUCGAAUCAAAAGGCGAAUAUUACUGAGCCAUGUUUGAGUUUCUUACUAGACGAUUUUGAUACCGUCUUGCCUCAUGUCAGCAAACUGGUGAAUUUGGUUGAAACCCAUUCACUCAAGCCUACCAACCUGGAGCUCUUUGCAGAGUUGAUCUUCCGCGCUGGAACGCUCUGA